AUGCAAAAUGCUAAUAAUAAUAAUAAUGAUACUCAAUUACAGUUGUUCAAAAUAAUACAAAAUACAUUCAAUAGUUUUUAUGUCAUAACUUUGAAUAAGAAUGAAAACCUAUUGAUGGGAGGAGACUUUGAUGGAAAUAUGUUUUUAUAUAAAAACUUAAGUUUGAUCAAGAGUUAUAAAUAUCAUUAAAAAUUUGUAAUCACACUCAAAUUUUCAUCUACAGGGAAAUAUUUAGCCAGUGGUUCAGCUGAUUGCAAUAUUGGAGUAAUAGAGUAUAAUGGAAUGUAGGAGAUAUAAUUUAGAUUGUUAUCACAUCAUUCAGCAUAUGUAAUGAAGGUAGAUUUCAGUCCAAAUGAAAAUUAUUUAAUAUCAGCAAGUUCAGAUAAGUAACUGUUAGUUUUUAAUUCUAAAUCUUGUGAGUUACUUUAAAAGUGUCAUUUCCCUUAUGGAUUAAACUUUGCAUAAUUUAUAAGUGAAUCUAAAGUUUUCAUUUAUGGUACAACAGGACCAAUAAAUCUAAUUAAUUUUCCUUCAAUAAAGAAAUGUGAAAAGAUGAAGAAUCCUCAAUAUUAAAUAAAAUAAGUAGCAUUCAUAAAUAGUGUCUCUAAUUGUCAAUUAUUCUUAAUAAAUGGGUAGAAGAGAUCACGAAUUUACCUUAUAAAUUAAAUAAAUUUAAAAAUUCUUAGAAGAUUAUAAACUGAAAGUAAAAAUGAUGUAAUGCACUUAAAUUUAACAGAUUCGAAAGCAAUUCUAACAACAAGUGAAAAUAUUGAAAUAAUUGAUUGGGUGACAGCUAAAUUAUUGCACAUAAUAGAUUCAAGUACUAGCAUUGGCACUACUAUUCUAUCUGACGAUGGAACUUAUCUUUAUGCUAUAAGUAGAAGUUAUAUUAAAAUUUGGAUUUUAAAAAAUUGA